UAAUUUUAUGAUAAAAUUUCUUGUUCAACUUACCUUAAACAUCUAUGUCACAAUUUUAAAAGAAAUAUCAAAUCAAACUUAACUCUAAAUACAGAUAAAAGAAAGUAAGAAACUUCAUUUUUGUGUCACUCAACUCGAGAGAUAUACACAUGACAUUGCCGACCUCACAGUGCAGUUGAAGAGUUGAAGUACUAAAUUUAGCACAUUGGUUUUUCCGAAUAAUUAUUAAUUGUUAUUAUUUAUUAAAAAAAAAAAGAGAGUUAAAAGGGUGUUUUUAGUAAUUGGGGCAGUUUCCAAGCAGUUAUAGUCUUCGAAGAACAAGCAAAAUAUUCUGCCUCAAAAUUGUGACUAUUCAACAGCUGUAUGUGAUUUUCUAUAAAGUCUAAAAUUUGUAAGGAAACUAAAAAUAUACAACACUGCAGAGUCAUUUAUUAGUGUACUGCUUCUAGAGUGAGUGUAGAGGUUACUGGAUUUGAUUUUACAGAAGAGAGAGAGCCAUCAAUGGUGUCUUUGUUACUCUCUUGAUUCUGAACCCUUUUAAAAGCAUUUCUUUCUUUGCUUUUUGGAUUAAGAUGAUAGCUAUCUGAAUGUAUGUGAAGGUCUUUGUAGAGAGAGAGAGAAAAAGAAUGGUGGAAUGAGCUAAUGUUAGAAAAAGUUUGGUUCUUGAAACACUUGCAGCACUGUUUCUCAUUCUGCUCUUUGAUGGGUAUGCAGCUUCUGAAGUUUUUGCUUAUUUACUGGUUUCUUUCUCAGGUUUGAAUUGUUUAUUUGGAGAGGGGGUGUUUCUAGCCAACUUUUCUCUAUUUUGCAAGAAAAAAAAAAGAAAAAAAAAGAGAAGCUUUUUUAGACUCAAAUUUUGAAAUGUCAGUGCUGGUUUAUAGUUUGCAAAUGCUGGUUUGUUUUCUGUUGAUGUUUUUUGAAUUUUUGGUGCAUGUGAUUAGCGAAUGUUGGUAUUUCUGAGCGUGUUUCGUGCUCAUUUCCACAUGAGGAGCGAGGCCCAUUUAUGCUAUGCAUUAAAAAUGUUUCCUUUUUGGGUGAUGACAGAGAAAAUUGAGGGAAAUAUAGUUUACACUGGAGUGUUUUUCUCUUCCAACAAUCUUUCACUCGUUGUGUCUUGUUAGGUUUUUUAUAACUCAAUUCAUGGAAUAGGGUGUCUUUUGUUCAACAACAUCGCUUUCUUUUGUUUCUCUUUGGGUUUGUUGAAUCCCUUGCUCAGAACUAGUAGUUUUUUGUUUUAUUUUGUUUUACUAUUCAAUUGUUAUGGUAUAUUAGGUGUGCAAUUUGAUUUUAAGAUUAGGAAUUUGGUUUCUUUCACCCUAAAUGUUUUGUGCUGAAUCUUUGUGACGCGGCUUCGAGUUUCUUUAUGCUUGUUUUCUGAGCAGUAUUCACUAAGUUUUGUUUAUAGCGUUGGGAUUUUCUUGCAGUGACAAGAUAAGAGCUAUGGAUAUUUCAGACUACACAAGGAUUGUCUUUGAUAAAAUUCAGAAAAUUGAGCCGGAGCAUGCUACAAAGAUAAUUGGCUACCUCCUUUUGCAAGACAAUGGUUGGCUGCUACACCAGCUAUGCUCUCAAUUUCACCCACUGUCAACCCUCCACAAGGUUUAAGCCAUUUAUCAGUAAUCUCCCCUAGGACUCCUACUUCACCACCAAGCUUCCAGGUUCCCUCUCCCUAUUGGGAUCCUCACUCUGCUACCAAUACCAAUCCAGACUUUAUGGGAAUUAAUUACUUGGAUUCUAUAGCAGAACUUCAGAAGCAGACACAGUUGUUCGGUUUGGAGAAUCAUAUGGAUCCUGUUAAUACUGGAACUGGAGGGAUUGUCAAUGAUUUCUAUGGCUUAGAUGCUUCUGCAGCCAAUUUGAGUGGAAAAUCUGGUAGAAGGUUUUCUGAAUUUCCAUUCAAGGUCUGUCACUAUUUCAACAAAGGAUUCUGUAAGCAUGGAGCAAACUGUAAAUUCUAUCAUGGGCAAGUUCCUGAGUGCUUAUCUCAGAUGUAUGGAAAUGAUGCUAUUAGUGAGGACCAGGUGGUUUCUCCAGGUUCACUAGCACAGUUAGAGUUGGAAAUUAUUGAGCUCCUAAAAUCAAGAAGCACUCCAAUGUCAAUUGCUUCCCUGCCAAUGGCAUACUAUGAUAAAUAUAAAAAGGUCCUGCAAGCAGAUGGUUAUUUAACUGAGAGUCAGAGACAUGGUAAGUCUGGCUAUAGUUUGACAAAGCUUCUUGCUCGACUGAAAAAUAGUAUUCGGCUAAUAGACAGACCUCAUGGGCAGCAUGCUGUGGUGCUGGCCGAAGAUGCAGCGGCUCCCACAUAUCUGCAAAGGGGAGAGUUUGCUCGACAUAUAAGUGCAUCACGACAAAUAUAUUUGACAUUUCCUGCUGAAAGCACUUUCACAGAGGAUGAUGUGUCAGAUUACUUCAACACAUUUGGGGAAGUUGAAGAUGUUAGGAUUCCAAACCAGUCCAAAAGGAUGUUUGGAUUUGUGACAUUUGUUGAUCCAGAAACUGUCAAAACUAUUUUGGGCAAGGGGAAUCCCCAUUAUGUUCAUGGGUCUCGGGUGCUUGUGAAACCAUACCGGGAGAAAGGAAAGGUUAAUGAAAGGAAGUGCACCGAUAGAACUGAGCUCCAUAUUUGUUCACCGCACUAUUUAGAUACGGACUUUGAACAUAACUCAAUUCUGAGAAGUUGUGGGAACCAUAGAUCCAUAAGGAGACAGCUGAUUGAAGAGCAGGAUCAAGCCCUGCGAAUUCAGAGAAGACAGCUUGCACAGCUUCAGUUUGCUCAAAAACCUUUCACCAGUUCACCUCGUUUUGGCUUCUCUGUGGAUGAGCCAAGAGUUUUAGAUGAUCAUUUCAAUUUCCAGCAAGCAGAAGAAUCUUUCAGUUAUCUACAGGAUGACAAACCUAGACUAUUAGACACCAAUUUCUCUGAUGAGAACAGCAAUCAAGCACUCAAUCUCCCAGACAGUCCAUUUGCAUUUCCAAUAUAAAGCGGGACGUAGACAGACAUAGUUUCAGAUACUACACAUAGAAGAAAUAUAGAGUUCAAACAGAUCCAGGCCAGAGAUAGAAGCUUUCUUUUGAUACAUUAUACAGUACUAUUGAACUAUUUCUCAA